ACUAUGUGUUGUGUAGCAAGAUGGAGCAGAAAGAGUAGCAGCAGCAGACUGACGGAGGGAGGCCUGCAGCAGCGGCGCAAAGGCAGCUAUUGACGCCGACACACACAGCGGGGACACGAAGUAACCAUGGGACAUAGAGUGGGUUGAUCUGGAGCAGCAUACACCAAUUGUUUCCCACUGUGGUGUAGGACAUGGCCACUGCCUCGCUGAGAGGGGAGUCCAGCCAUGACCACAGAGGAACAUCACAGCUCCAUGCAGUUGUUUCCUGUGCCAAAAUCAAGAGGAAGAAAAGCUUGUUUGGCGCUCCCAUCUACGUGGAGGUGACAGUAGACGGGGAGACGCGACGCACAGCCAAGUGCCACAGCUCCUCUAAUCCACAAUGGGAUGAAAGACUCACUCUGAAUGUAACAGCACGCAGCCAGGUGGACUUUAAAGUCUGGAGUCACCGCACCCUGAAAGCAGAUGCCCUGCUUGGCAAAGCCACACUGGACCUGAUGCAAGCCUUGGAGCAGCAUGAAAGGAAAUUGGAGAAUGUGAAAGAGGUGCUGAAGCUGAGUGUGACUCACAAGGGAGUUGUGGUGCCUGCAGGAGAACUUACAGUCUACUUGGAUGGACUUACCGACAGUGACCAACAUGAAUUGGCACCACUGACCAAUGGAAAUGCAGAAAAUGGCACCAAAGUCCAACAGAAUGGUGAUGCCAUCCAUGGAAAUGGACAAUCUUCUUCAAGUGUUGCCAAUUGCACAGUGAAUGGGACGGACUCGGGCCUGCGCUCAGACUCCUGUUCACCGUCUAAUGGAGGGGAAAGUCAGGUGCCUUCCAUUUCCUGCAGCCCGUCCUCCGGUCCCGUCGUCAACGGCGACGUCACACACGACUCCAGCCACCCACCCUCAAACGCUGAUGUAGCGAGUCGGACUGUUAACGGAGAGACCUGUGACGCUGCCCGUGGGUCAUCAUGUGAUACAACUCACUCAGAAUACCAGGAGGACUGCACCCCAGACGCCCCCCAGCCGGACUCUGAGACGCCACCAGACGUCACAUCUCAGCAGCAGUCGAGCCGCACACGGGCUGCAUCCUCCUGUUCCGCAGUGAGGCCGACUGAUGAGGCUGUGGCUGCGAGUGAUGCCUCCUCCUCCCCAGCACAGGGUGGCACAACCUCAGCAACGUCCUCGUCUUUGUCCUCCCCCCCAGCAGUGGGAGACACAAAUGUGUCUGCAGCCAGUGAGAGCAGCAGCAGCGCUGCUACUGAUGGAGCCAAACCCAGACAACAGGUGCCUGCAGGCGGGGCCUCAGACCCUCUUCCACCUGGGUGGGAGCAGAGGAAAGACCCACAUGGGCGAACAUACUAUGUAGACCACAACACCAGGACUACUACCUGGGAAAGACCACAGCCUCUGCCACCAGGAUGGGAGCGUCGAGUGGAUGACCGGGGCAGGAUCUACUACGUGGACCACAACACACGCACCACCACGUGGCAGCGCCCCACUAUGGAGUCGGUCCGAAAUUUUGAGCAGUGGCAAAGUCAGCGCAGCCAGCUGCAGGGAGCUAUGCAGCAGUUUAACCAGAGAUACCUCUAUUCUGCCUCAAUGAUGUCUGCUGAGAAUGAUCCUCUUGGCCCGCUACCUCCUGGUUGGGAGAGGCGUGUGGACUCCAAUGACAGAGUGUAUUUUGUCAACCACAACACAAAGACAACUCAGUGGGAAGACCCCCGAACACAAGGGCUACAGAAUGAAGACCCUCUACCCGAGGGUUGGGAGAUCCGCUACACGAGGGAGGGAGUUCGAUACUUUGUCGAUCACAACACCAGAACCACCACAUUUAGUGACCCCCGCACUGGAAAGUCCUCUGUCACCAAAGGCCCACAGAUUGCGUACGAGCGCAGCUUCCGAUGGAAACUUGCACACUUUCGCUACUUGUGCCAGUCUAACGCUCUUCCUAGCCACGUGAAGAUCACUGUGUCCAGACAGACCUUGUUUGAGGACUCAUUCCAGCAGAUUAUGGCCCUGAAACCUUACGACUUGCGGCGGAGACUUUACGUCAUCUUCAGAGGCGAGGAGGGUCUUGACUAUGGAGGCUUAGCACGAGAGUGGUUCUUCUUGUUGUCCCAUGAGGUGCUGAACCCCAUGUACUGCCUGUUUGAGUACGCUGGCAAGAGCAACUACUGUCUGCAGAUCAACCCGGCCUCUGCCAUCAACCCAGACCACCUCUCCUACUUCUGCUUCAUCGGCAGAUUCAUUGCAAUGGCACUCUUCCAUGGAAAGUUCAUUGACACGGGCUUCUCCUUACCCUUCUACAAACGCAUGCUGAACAAGAAGCUCCUUCUCAAAGAUUUAGAGUCCAUUGACCCAGAGUUCUACAACUCACUCAUAUGGAUCAGGGACAACAACAUUGAGGAAUGUGGUCUGGAGAUGUUCUUCUCAGUGGACAUGGAAAUCUUGGGCAAGAUCACCUCCCAUGACCUCAAACCAGAUGGCGCCAACGUCUUAGUCACGGAAGAGAACAAGGAAGAGUAUAUCAGUUUAAUGGCCGAGUGGAGGUUCUCCCGUGGAGUUGAAGGUCAAACCAAAGCCUUCCUGGAUGGUUUUAAUGAGGUGGUUCCACUCCAGUGGCUCCAGUAUUUUGAUGAAAAGGAGCUGGAGGUGAUGCUGUGUGGCAUGCAAGAGGUUGACCUGCAGGACUGGCAGAGGAACACGGUCUAUCGCCAUUACACCAGGAACAGUAAACAGAUCAUCUGGUUCUGGCAGCUGGUGAAAGAAGUGGACAAUGAAGUGCGUCUGCGGCUCAUGCAGUUUGUCACUGGAACCUGCAGACUUCCCCUGGGUGGCUUUGCUGAGCUGAUGGGGAGCAACGGGCCUCAGAAGUUCUGCAUUGAGAAGGUGGGGAAGGAGACGUGGCUUCCCAGGAGCCACACAUGCUUCAACCGGCUGGACCUGCCUCCUUACAAAAGCUUUGAGCAGCUGAAAGAGAAACUCCUGUUCGCCAUCGAGGAGACGGAAGGAUUUGGCCAAGAAUAGAGACUUGUCCCCGGUCCUGGUUCUUUCCUGACAUGAAAUCCAACACAUGAUUGCACAAGAUAAUGUAUAUAAGCUAUAUUGUCAUUUUAAAGCAAAUCUUAUUUUAGCAGACCAUCUUUAAUAUAUGGAAGCCCAUCAAGAAAUAUGCAAGCAUCCUUCUUCCUGUUUGGCAACACAAGUCACGGCUCUUCUAGAGAGGACUUGACUUGAUUGUGUAGAGCUCUAGUUCUAUAGAGCUUCUGACAUCACACCAACCUCAACUAGUGCACCCUAGAACACCUUGGACUAUUCAAAGCCUCCUGAUAAAUACUUUGUUUGCUUGUGAAAUUCCCCGAAUCAAUGCAGGGAGAUGUACAAGUACUUUGAGCAACUAGAAUAAACACAAGUCAUGUGGUUGCA